UUUGGACAGUUGAUGCGGUACCCAUGUGUGAAAUUCAUUGGACAUACGAUGUCUUUUGUCACCUUCCUAGUGAUGAUAUUAAUAUCAAGCAUCACUGCCCAGCCAGCGUCACAACAUCAAAUCAGUGCCUUCAACGAUAUAUUUUCCAAGUACAAGGAUUUCCAAGGGGACAAUUCUAGCCAAUACCCGGAGAAUUUUGUAGUGCGCAUAUCUAAACCGGAAAUCAUACAUCUGAUGUUGUCACUAUGGAUCAUAGGUAUGUUGUGGCAGGAGGUGAAGCAGGUUUACAGUGCUGGUAUCUAUGACUAUUUUGACUCUCUAUACAACUACUUAGACGUGGCGGUUCUGACUCUUUACAUCACCUCAUUUACGCUUCGCUACACCACAAUAAUGAAGGUCAACAUGGCUCUAAGUUUCUUUAGCAACUCGGCAUCAUGGGAAGAGCUGGCUAACAAGACAAGCAUGGCUAACUCACAGAUGUACUGGCUAAUUGCUGACCGAUCAUACUGGAGCGCAUGGGAUCCCCAUAACAUCGCGGAGGGACUGUUUGCUCUAGCGAACGUGAUCAGUUUUACGAGAGUGUCUUAUGUACUUCCGGCCAACGAACUGUUUGGACCUAUGCAGAUUUCUCUGGCUAAAAUGAUAUCGGAUAUUCUCAAAUUCGGAGUGAUCUUCAUGGUGGUUUUCCUUGCCUUCAUGGUGGGCCUACACAACCUGUACUGGUACUAUCCACAGGAGAUGAGGAACCACGUCAAGUUUAUGAAUAAUACAGUCAACACUCAGGACACUCCCGCUGGUAAAUACUUUGGCAUUCCACACAUAACAUUCCGUACGGUUUUCUGGUCAUUGUUUGGUCGGGGGGAGACAACUGCAGUGGAGCUUGGUGAAUACGGGCACAUUUUCACACAAACUGUUGGCUAUUGGAUCUUCGGUGCCUACAACAUCGCUACCGUCACAGUGCUUCUCAACAUGCUCAUCGCUAUGAUGUCAAGAUCGUUUGAGAUUAUCCAGGGUGAGGCAGACACAGAGUGGAAGUUUGCGCGCAGUAAGUUAUACAUGGAGUAUAUUAAAGACGACGCCACACUGCCUAUACCAUUCAACAUUGUACCCACCCCAAAGUUUUUCUACAAUACGGGCUCAUUCUGUUUGAGGAUAUUCAGGAAGAAAGACGAUCAGGACGAGCCCCAUCCAAUACACCCUGGCCGAGUGAAGGACAUCGAGAUGUUCAAUAUCAGCCCAGGUGCUACUAACUCGGCUGCCCCUGAAGUGAAGCCACCAGAGAGGCGUGGACCCAACUGGCAAACAAAUAGUCGCGCAGCCAACCAGACAAAGGGUAUAAAGGUGUUCCAGGACCGGAUACAUACCACAAACGGUUUUGUCCGCAACGAUUCUGAUCCCAGUCUCUUUGCGGAGAAGCUGACGUACAAAAGGGUGAUGAAGCGGAUUGUUAAACGUUACAUCUUUGACGUUCAACGUGAAGAUGACACUGGAGAAUGUGACUUCGAUGAAAUAAAACAAGAUAUUUCCAGCUUCCGUUACGAGAUGCUUAACCAUUUAACACAGCGCCAGCGUGAAGCAAAGGAGAUCUUUGACAGAGUUGAUACCAUGGAAUAUAAAAUGGACACCCUAAUGCAACAACAAUCAUUGUGGUUGAAAGCUAUUUCCAAAAGUGAUUCAGAGUUCAAACUAAGUAACUUUAUGGAUCCAAAAGGCAUAUCAAAGGCUGCCACUAUUUCACAGGAAAGUGCUAUAUAUGACUGUAAUGAGGAAACCAGUGAGGACGUGGGCGAAAGUGACCGGAAAUCAAAUGUCGGAGUGCUGCAUGAUAUUCCGGAAGAAGAAAAGCAUCCAAUGUCAACUGAACACAAGUUACAAAGACAAAGAGCUGAUUGUGAUAAGGAUGAAUGUGACACGGAGGAGAUUACGGUGGAGCUGAAUAAAAAUGGAAAUAAUGAAUGUGAUGUUGUAGACGAACGGUUAUAGGUUUGGUUAAGGUGAUAAUUAAUUGCAGAACCGGAAGUGCCUAAUAUCCUCCAUUUUACCUCAUUACAAUCAAAAGCUUUAUGCAUUACGAUGAUAUGGCAUAUUCGUAUUGAAAUUUUAGUACCUAGCUGGAAAUACGUGAUAAUAACAUAACAAAAGUCGUCAUUCUUGCUAUUUGGAAAAUGCGUGGUUCAAAGGGAAUGUCAAUCGUCUUUACGGUAAAGCGCAUGCAUUUUUUAGCAUUGAAAUGACCUGCACUUUUAAUUUUAAGGUGUCAAAAAGGAACAUUUGCUUCGAUGCUUACGUGACCAGUUACAACUGAUCGUAACAUGAAUGCCUUUUUAAUCAAUUAUCCUCAAAAUAUUAUUUAUGAAAUGGUCAUCUUUGUAAUAACAUGUGCUGUAGGGUUUCAGCAAGCGUUUAUAAUACAUAUGACGAAAAGUUCACAAUAAUCAUUUUUUUAACUUUUUGUAUUCUUAUUUAGUUUAUAUUUUACAGUUUUCACAUGAAUACAAAUAUUGUAUCAAAAUAUUGGCUAUUGUAGUGCCUAUUUAUCUUAAUCUUCAUUGAUUUAGUGUAAAAAAGAACCAUGUCGAAAUGAUAAAAAAAUAAGAUAUUUUAUUUUUGAAAUUGGUUUGACAAUAUACAUUAAAUACUGUAGGUAACAACUUUGUUUCUAAAGCUAAGCAUUUGGCUUUUGUAAAUACUGUAAAUGUCACGUGAGUUUGGGAACUCUGCGAUAGCAUGGUACGACAUUUGAUGCCAUUCCUUCGUCAGGUGAUAUGUUAAUAUUCUGUCAUAUAAGCACAGAUACAUUAUUUAUGUGGUAGUAAGAAAUCACAUUUCCCGUUCAAUUCCAGCUUUUUGCCAUGUUCAGAUCUUUUAAUGUCUAGUAUCCAACAAACGAUGUGAUAAGGUGUUGAAACCCGUGUAUAUGUCCCUAUCGUGAAUGCACAAUCAUCAUAACUAUUUAAUGACACCUGUUGUAAAUCCAUUCCAUAAAUUGUAUCCUUUAAUUUAUUCAAAAAAUUCAAUGUAAUUCCUUUGUGAAAAUCAGCUUUACAUCAAAUGUGUUUUAUCUUCUGUCACCCAAUCCCCCCACUCUAUCCCUCCCCCCCCCCUCUUUUUUUCCCAUUUCUAACGUUUUGCUACUGGAUUUAUCUUAAUAUAUUUCCUGUAUUGUAUGUAAAUACCCCUUUUUCGAACAAGAACAAUCAUUUUACUCGCUCGGUAACAAUAAGUGGUAUUUUACUCGCUCGGUUACAAUAAGUGGUAUUUUACUCGCUCGGUUACAAUAAGUGGUAUUUUACUCGCUCGGUUACAAUAAGUGGUAUUUUACUCGCUCGGUUACAAUAAGUGGUAUUUUACUCGCUCGGUUACAAUAAGUGGUAUUUUACUCGCUCGGUUACAAUAAGUGGUAUUUUACUCGCUCGGUUACAAUAAGUGGUAUUUUACUCGCUCGGUUACAAUAAGUGGUAUUUUACUCGCACGGUUACAAUAAGUGGUAUUUUACUCGCAUGGUUACAAUAAGUGGUAUUUUACUCGCUCGGUUACAAUAAGUGGUAUUUUACUCGCAUGGUUACAAUAAGUGGUAUUUUACUCGCAUGGUUACAAUUAGUGGUAUUUUACUCGCAUGGUUACAAUAAGUGGUAUUUUACUCUCUCGGUUACAUUAAGUGGUAUUUUACUCGCUCGGUUACAAUAAGUGGUAUUUUACUCGCACGGUUACAAUGAGUGGUAUUUUGCAGACGAUGUUAUUGUUCUGUAUUGCAAGAUGAUAACAAUUCAUACAUCACCCUAUUUCGAUUAUGUUGUUAUUGUUUUAUGAGUCAUUGUUUCAAUAUUGUGUCAAUAAUAUAAUCACUGAUAACGCAUAUUUGUUCCAUAUUUAUUUGCACAAACACUACCCUUCAUUCGGCAAUAUACGUUAUGGAACCUCGCAGAUCUAAACUAUUCAAUAUCAGCACAAAUUAUUUGGAUGAAAAAUCGUUCCGACUUAACAAAAUAUUAUUCCUAUCUAACUCAUAAACGUCAGGAUAGCAAAUAUUCAAGAUUGGCAGAGCGAUUAUUAACCAACUGCCAAUCAAUAUCAAAUAAUUAAAACAAAAUGCCGAGGUGUAUUGACCAUAAUCUUGUUCAUUGGCGAAACGGGGUUUUGGCUGAAUGUCUUUUAAAUUGCUCAUUUAAACAUUUUUCUUACAAAACGCUGUUGCAAGAGGAAUGUGAACAUAUGUUAUUACAUUUUGCGUACCAUUCACACAAGCAUUUUAUGGGAAAUACUAUUAUCAUAAAACAAAUAUUAAAUAUUUGUUUAUGAUGUAAGGCUUAGCUAGAGUUAAUAAAACAAAAUGUGC